UCAGAUUCAGAGCUGCGGGUGCGGGGUGAGUGGUGACCGCGGGCACUGCGGGCAGUGAUGGCCGGGUAUUGACGUGCUUACGUGCCGGUGCGCGUAGGAAGAUAUUUUUACGUAAAAUUAUAUUAGCGGUCUAUUUUCGUGUCUUUGAUGUAGCACGAACACAACUCUUAGUCGCGGUGAAGUGGCAAAUAAAUGACAGUUUCUGAAUCUAACAGGCGUAUGCAGGUUUCACAAAUAUAGGUAUGUGCUGGACAAGCUGAAAUGUUUAUGCCGAUCGCGUUACGAUUAUUGACAUGUCCAACGAGAUUAGAGAUAAGAUAAAAUUGUGAUUUGCCGAUAAGUGCUACGUAAAUUAAAAGUUAAUUAUUACAAUGUUGUCUUUGUGCACAUAUGUGUAGCGACGUAGGCUAUACGUACGCUUGAAGGGCACGAAAGAAAGACGAAAAAAUGACGCUGUUGCAACAAUUUGCGGAUUUCUUGAGCCUGAUAACAAUAGGCAUGUGCUUCGUAUUGAAAAUUCCGCAGAUAUUAAAAUUGGUUUCCGUGAAAUCGGCCGACGAAAUGUCGAUGCUAGGAUUAUUUCUAGAAUUAACAAGUUACACUGUGAUGACCAGUUACAAUUACACGAAUGGAUACUCGUUACUGUCCUACUUGGAGUACCCAAUAAUUUUAGUGCAGGAGUAUGUACUGAUAUUUCUUGUGCUAAAAUACUUGAGCAAGAUCAAUACGUGGUCCCUCUUAGGUGCUAUAAUAUAUUUUGCGCUGAGCAGCUGUUUGCUACUGGAAAUUGCUCCAAAAAUUUUACUUACACUCUUAGCGCCAAUGUGUACGCCGAUCUCAGCUUCCAGUAAGAUCGUUCAGCUGCUAGCUAUACUUCGUGCAAAAAACGCAGAGUCUGUAUCGCCUCUCACUUGGUUUAUAUCCGCCUUCACUAAUUUGACGAGAGUAUUCACGAUAUGGAUGGACUCUGCCGAUAUAUUGCUGCUAGGAAAUUUUAUCAUUUCGGUUCUGCUGAGUUCCAGCAUCAUGUUCUCCGCCCUUUAUUACAGAAGCCGCCCGAAGUCGGAUUAAAUGAAUAACAGGGAAAUUGUACCUCUAGUUGCAAGCGUAUGCUAUGAAAUUGACGAAUUGUGCUGUACAUUUGAGAGAGUAAAGGUAUAUCAUAUUUCUGCUAAUAAAUUAAAGAAAUUA